AAUAAACCACAAUGAAAGGUGCACCCAACAUGGCAGGGUUCUUUACAGGUACAAGAUACUCUUUUGCGCACUUGAACCUCGUCUCUAUGAGGCAAACACUGCGGCAGCCAUGGAUGGGUUGGCGAUGAGCUGAAUCGGAGGGAGUAAAUGGAACACUAGAGGACUCUGUAUCUUUUUCUCUUCCAAUUUUCUUCUCUUUCAGUCAUGGUUGGGCAAUUGGUGAAGGGAGUAAUAUUGGAUGAUUCUGUACUAUUUAUCAAUUCUAAUGCCCAUAAUCCCAAUCAUUCACUACGACCCACUUCCGAUGCUCUCCUCCGCCACCUCCGCUAUUCCAUGUUUCGAACGGGAAUUUCUUCCAGGCUGGACUCUUCAGAUUGUAAGGAUAUUAUCAAAGAGAAAGCAGAGUCUCACUCAAUCCAUUGCUUCUCAUUGAGUGCAUUUUUGACAGAAGAUGAUAUUAAUGAAAUCAUGCUAUCUUGGGGGGACAUUCGCAACUCUAUCUUGUAUGUCAUCUCAAGUGAGAAGAAGGAUGAUAUCAAUCACCUGAUUGAUCAGGGAUGGCUUGUUGUUGUUUUGAAUGUUCAAGAUGACAGUGCAUGUGAAAAUUUGGGAACGGUUUGUAUUAGCAAACUAGAAGAAUUGCCUUUGAGUAUUUGUCGCUUAAAUAGGAAGGCAGUUGACUGUAGCAUCCUUGUAGUUGGUUACACAAUGAAGCUUUCACGUGAACUUGAUUUUUCCAAGAGGGGUGCCUUUCCUCUGUAUCCUACUGACAAUGGGUUGAUUUUCAUGCCCCUGACGUUUGAUCUCCCUUUAUCAUCUCAAUUGUCUGAGGUUGACGUGAUUCUCCAUAAAGCAACAGAUGAAAUUCUAUAUGUUGAGCUUAGCAACUCUUCUGACCUCUCUAACAAAAUAACCUACUCCAGCAGAAUGCAGGAAUUGCAGAGGUAUAUUGAAGUCCACCCAGAUUUAUGCGUAAUUGACCCACUUAAUAAUAUAAAACCUGUAUUGGAUCGGUUGGAAAUUCAACAGAUUCUUCUCGGGCUGGAGGCUCUCAAACCAAAAGGCUGCAUAAUCAGGGGUCCUUAUUUUCUCAAGGUUGGUAAUUUUAACGAGGAUAACUUGGUGCAGAAGCUAUCUGAAGCUAAACUAUCUCUUCCUUGUAUAGUGAAGCCACAAGUUGCGUGUGGAGUUUCUGAUGCUCACAAAAUGGCAAUCAUUUUUGAUGUUGAAGAUCUCAAGAAUUUGGAUGUUCCUCUUCCAGCUAUUAUUCAGGAGUACGUGGAUCAUUCAUCCACUCUCUACAAAUUUUAUGCACUAGGUGAAAAGAUUUUUUAUGCAGUUAAGAAGUCUACACCAAACAGAAGUAUAUUGAUGAAUUUACGCCAAGGUGUUGGACCAUUAGUCUUUGACAGCUUAAAAUCUCUGCCCAUUGCCAAUGAAAGCCAACAGCAUUUAGAUGGCAAAAGUUCUGAUACUAAUAACAAGGACCUCAAUUUUGAGCUUGUCGAAAAUGCUGCCAACUGGCUUAGGAGAGUACUCGACCUUUCAAUAUUUGGUUUUGAUGUCGUUGUUGAAGACAAGAGUGGGGAUCAUGUAAUUGUGGAUGUAAAUUAUCUGCCUUCUUUCAAGGAAGUUCCUGAUGACAUUGCAAUACCUGCUUUCUGGGAAGCCAUCAAGAACAAGUAUGAAAGCAUAAAAAACUCUAGCAGUUAAAACUGUUUCUUGUUAUCUUGUGAGCAAAUUUGUAUUUUGAGGGUUAUCUAAAUAAAAAUUUAACUCGUUAUGGUUUGAAAUUUCAAGAUUUUAAAAAGAGAGAGAGUAAUUUCAAAACACUAUUUGAUUUAAAUCUAAUUGACUCUUUUAUCCA